UGUUUGCGGAAAGUUUAAGACAUAAGGAACGGAUUCCUGAAGCUGAAUAAAAUUAUACAGCGCAAGAAGAAUACGAUGUGAACCUGCACCACGACCACGACUGGACCCUACGUUAGCACGGUUGCCAAUGCGAGCGUGGCAGAUGCCUGCAAAUUCUCAGGCUUCAGUACUGCAUAUUACAACAGCAUGGGACGGACGUACCGUGUACUUCGCUGAUGUUGAUGGCACCCCACGUUUCAAUUUAGAUGGAUCAGCAAUUGACCGCGAAUUAGCACGGAAGAUAAUGUUAAAAAACCAGAGAGAAUAUGAGCAACACAUGCUACACAUCUCAGGCGGUACAUCUAAGAUGCGAAAUCCAGAUGGUCCAUCUGAAGACUUAGAUGAAGACACUAUAGAAAUCAGAUUGCAGGAUGGAUAUUGCUACCAUGGAUGGAUCAUUUAUAAGCAUCAAAAAAUACCUCCCUGGAUGCUUACAAGACAAAACCUACAAACUGUUGAACACCGUAAUAAUAAUUUUUUGGCUUUCAUACUAAAAGGGGAGUUACAUGGGCAUGCAAAUAUGAAUUUUAACCAAUAUGUUCAUCGUAAGCGUGCGACUGAAAGAAUUAGCGCUCGUAUACGUAUGGGAAAAGAUUGGUAUUAUAAAGCAUCAUCUUUCGAAAGAUAUCCUGUCGAGACUAAAUAUCAUGAUGCCCACCUGGGAUUUGGUACAAAGUAUUAUCCAAAUACCGACAGCAUAUAUAUUAGUGUUCCAGAAGGAAGGAAAAACGUUGUCUAUAAAUCUCAAAUAAAAGCUUCACGUGAACAGCUGAAACAGUUUCAUUAG